AAAAUUUGACUUACUCUAACAAAAUUAUUGUAUCACAUAAACAUGUAUUGUACGGUUAGCAGAGUUAUCGUAGGUUUGUGAGCAAUGAUCUGACAUACAAACAAGCAUGAGUUCCUCCCCAGCUAUCGAGACGUCCACCCCCGCCCCCUCCUCCCCCGCCCCGCGAGCGCCGGACUACCAUUUCCAGACGUCUACCCCUAAUUAUUUAAAGAAACAAAACCAGCCUCUAAGCGUUGUGUUGACGGCAACUGCACCAUCCACACCACCUACUUACGGAGAGCCCACACUCACACCGCCCCCGAGGUCCCCCGGGGCUCCGCUAGCGACCCCGGCCUCUGGUGACGUCAGAGUCCAUCCCCCGGACGGCACUUCCUCAGAUAAGUCGUCGGAAACAGCGGUGGGCGGCAUAUCGCGGACCCCCAGCGCGGCGCUCUCCCGCAAGGAGAGCUACAAGGCGCAGCGUCAGCACUACCGCAAGGAGAAGAAGCGAGCCGCCACCGCGUUGCUGCACUCUAUAGAGGACCCCUCCGUUGUCGUACUCGCCGACUGGCUUAAGGUCCGAGGUUCACUCAAGUCAUGGACGAAGCUAUGGUGCGUGUUGAAACCGGGCCUUUUACUGCUCUAUAAGAGCCCUAAAGCUAAGAGAAGCCACUGGGUUGGCACCGUGCUACUAACGUCUUGCCAAGUGAUAGAAAGACCGAGCAAGAAGGACGGAUUUUGCUUCAAGCUAUACCAUCCGCUAGAGCAGAGCAUCUGGGCACCGAGGGGACCCCACAACGAGACUAUAGGAGCGGUAGUACAACCCCUGCCUACCGCGCAUCUUAUAUUCCGAGCCCCAUCUCAAACUGCUGGUCACUGUUGGCUCGACGGACUAGAACUGGCGUUAAGAUGCAGCAAUGCUAUGCUCAGAUGUUCCCGCUCGCGGCCCGAGGCGGCGGUGGAAGACGCUCCGGCCACGCAGACAAACAUCUCGCACGAAGAGCUGGAGAAACACUUCAAUGAGCACGAGUUAGCGGGCGCGGCGUCAGACACGGACAGCGAAGGCUCCAGGCCGGGCAUGCCAGACAGCCAGAUCACGGACCCUGGCACUAGGAAGAGGGAUAUCCUUGCCAGGAUAGCCAGCUUCUAUGCUGAAGAUCCAGACACUGAGAUUGGCGUGGCUGGGGAGCUCGUGGAAGAGGUGGCGGAAGAGAACAAGUCCCUGCUAUGGUUCCUGCUGAAGCAGGUCCGGCCCGGCAUGGACCUGUCCAAGGUGGUGCUGCCCACCUUCAUCCUGGAGCCGCGCUCCUUCCUCGACAAGCUGUCUGACAACUACUACCACGCGGACUUGCUGGCGCAGGCCCAAGCAGCGGAAGACCCCUACCAAAGAUUCAAAGGGGUCCUAAAAUGGUACCUGUCAGGCUUGUACAGGAAGCCGAAGGGGCUGAAGAAGCCCUACAACCCAGUGCUGGGCGAGACCUUCCGCUGCUGCUGGAGACACACUGACAACGAGACGUAUACAUACUAUAUAGCCGAGCAGGUAUCUCAUCACCCGCCCGUUUCUGCAUUUUACAUUUCAAACAGAAAAGAUGGAUUCGUGAUAGAGGGUAGUCUGCUGGCGAGAUCCAAGUUUUAUGGUAAUUCCACGUCCGCCAUCUUGGAGGGUUGCGCGCGCAUACACUUACUAAAUUGGGGUGAAACCUACAUAACUACAGCACCUUACGCCCACUGUAAGGGAAUUGUCAUAGGCACGCUUAGUAUGGAGCUGGGAGGCAAGGUACACGUAAUCUGUCAAGAGACGGGCUAUCAAGCGGACGUUGAAUUCAAAUUGAGGUCGUUUCUCGGGGGCGCGGACCAAACGAAUGCUAUUUCGGGACGAAUCAAGAAAGGGAAGGACACAAUAGCUUCGGUAGAAGGUUACUGGGACGGCAGAAUUGAUAUUAAGGACAAACGGACAGGGGAAGAAACCAACCUGCUAGAUGUAGCGAUAUUAAAGGAGCAUCGUCUGCCGAGGUAUCUAGUGAAGCUAGACAAGCAGCAAGAGUGGGAGUCGCAGAGGCUUUGGAUCAAAGUUUCCGAAGCUAUACAUAAUGAAGAUCAGAUAGUAGCGACAGAACAAAAAACGAUAAUAGAAGAAGCCCAGCGCGCCCGGGCAAGGAACCUAGUAUCCCCCUGGAUGCCUCGACUGUUCCACCGAGGCAAUGGCACCUUGCCGCCUGAAGGCAUCACUGAUCAAGGAUGGAAAUACAAUCACACCAAUACAAGCCCCUGGCAACCGGAAGAGGUGAUAGAGUACGAGGAAGACUUUGUGAUAACGUCGGUACGUAACGUACCGGUACGCAGUUCAGGCGAGGCGCGGAUCAGGGAGUUGGCGCAGAGAAGCGACUCGGACAGCCAUGACGAACUAGCCAGGCGAUCCAAGACCUCCACGCGAACUCUGAAACAGACGCUGUUCUCGAUCGACGCGUCGCUGCGCGAGCAGACGCUGGCGAUAGAACGCCUAACCAAAACCGUCGACAGCCUGAGCGAAGGUCAAAGGGCAGCGGCCUACAGGCCCCAGAACGUGGGCAGGGUGCCCACAUCGUCCCACUCGUGGGACCUGUUCGGCGGUUUCGUCCUCGCGAUGGUGUUGCAAGCGUUACUAAAUUGGAUUUUCUACCACAAAGACUGAGUGUUGCCAGUGUUGAUAACAUUUGAUAAAUAAAUAAUUAAUUUAAUCUAAUAUUGAUACUUUGUACAUCGACCAAAAUUAGUUUAUGACCCGGUUUGAUUGUCUGUCUGUACGUUCUUAUUUGUUAUAUACAAAAAAAACUUUUUGCCAAAAGUUGGAAAUUCUUGCAAAUGGUAGGAUUUUUUUUGUAUUAGAUGAUGUUAUAUAUUGACUGAAAUCUCACUUGUUCAUAAGUGGCAAUGCACUGCAUAAUGCAUCCGAUCAAAUAUAAUUAAUAGGAAUAGCUAUAACGUCCACCUUCUGUCAACUGUCACUUAAAAAUUACUGAAAUUUCGGUUUGCAUAGAAGAUAUUACUUAAAUGAUAUUAAUGAUAUAUUUCUACAUUAAAUAACUAAGUCUUAGGCUUACUAAAGCCGUUGUAAUGACGCGAUCACACCUUUAAGUAGCUUACGUGAUUAACUUACGACAAAUUUACUAAUGUAAACACUUAUAAGUACAUUUUCAUUAGUUAAUUUGCUGUAAAUUAAUUACGUAAGUUAUUUACGUGAGAAAAACUUACAGGUGUAAUCGUGGCCUAUUGAAUCAAAAUAUAUUUCUAGCUAUGACUUCACAUAAUGGAAACUUUUUGUAUUCUUAGUGAGUAUGCAUUAUAAACGGGCUUACCUGGAAGGCGUAUGGUAGUUUAAUUAAACCCAUACCCUUAACUGUUUCUGAGCGGUAUCGAUGGUUUUUUUUUUAAAGAGUACGUAUAUUGUACCGUUACGCUGAAUCGAUAUAAAAUUCUACCAAUUUGGUAGAAACAUUUCACCCUUAUGUACGUAAUUUGUUUUUAAUGUAUAUAAUAAUUGAAGAGUUAUUUUUUUUCAUUAUGAUAUAAUUUAAUAUACAUAUAUCACUACCAUUUUGGUAGAGUUAUUUUGGCCUCACACGUAAUUUGAGUUAAUAUAAUUAACAAUUAUUGAAUAGUUCGUUGUUUUAUUAGAAUUAUUCUAUUACCAUUAGAAAAAAAUAUUUAUAAAGUACCAUUAUGAUAGAAAAAAAUCAUCUGUUUUGCGCUAUGGAGUGCUACCAUUUUGGUAGAUUAUUUUUAACCAAUAACUGUAUUGGUACCUCUUUAUCUCAGACUCGUAUUUAUGUCAUUUCUGAGGGUCUUGACCCCGUCGUAUUGAUAUAUAGACAGACAAUUUAACUGUUUUCAACUUGCCUAUGCUUUCCAAAUUUU